AUGACGAAACUCAUUCUCUCUACGGCCAAUGUCAUGUCGGCAGGCCCUUCGGUGAUUCGCAAGCCCGGAAACAACAGAUCCAACCUCGAACUCGUCAAUUCCCUUCGCGACAACUUCGCUGAGGCUCAGCGCGACUAUGCGACCCAUGCUCCUGGCACCAACGGCUUCACGAACGGUGAUGCGCCCAACGGCAAGGCGACGGCCGUCGAGCUCUGGACGGAGCGACAGGGCAGUGCGCUAUACGUUCCCCGCAUCAAUUGGCAAGCCGCCGGGUUGCGGGAGGAGUCGAGUCAGUAUGAGAUCACCGUGAAACUGUUCCUCUUGCCCGGGACGCCUGUCGCCGAGCGGGAGCAAUACGCCAAGGAGGCCCUGGACUUGGUCCGGAGGGAGCUCGGUAUUCAGACCAUCGAUCUGCUAAUAGUUUCCUUCCCCGGCAUGUCGUUCGAGGGCAAUUGCGAGUGGGAGGCGGACAAGGCCAACGCUAAUCAGGGCAAUCUGGAGGAGGAGCUUGCGACUUGGAAGGUAUUCGAGGGUUUGCACAAGCAGGGACUUGUCAAGCGACUGGCUGUGUCCGAGUUCGGCAGCGAAAAGCUAGGCGCCUUCAUCAAGCGCGCCACCAUUCGGCCCGUCAUUGACCAGAUCAACCUGCGCAACUGCUGUGAUGUCCCCCCGCCGCUCAAGAAGCUGGCCGAGGAGGAGGGAGUCGAAUUGCACGUCCAUACCGACUGCACUGAUAUUCUCCCCCCCGGAACUCUGCGCGAGCUUCUCGGCCACGGCCCCAGAGGCGCUGGCCUGCUCGCCGAUCCCGCCCACAACGGAACCGGGCUGGCUGGGGAGAUUGUUCCUGAAUGGGUUGUGCGUUACACAGCAUUUGUCCAGGAUCGAGGCGUCAUCGAGAACAAGGGCUAUUUUGCCGGAGCGGAACUGGUGGAGCCCUAG